AUGGCAAAGCGCAAGCGAGAAGCAGCGGCCGCGGCCCUGAAGACGGCGGAGCCAGAGCAGCAACAAACCACCAAGCGCGCAAAGGCAGUACGGCCCACGCCCGAGGAACCUGACGUCGUCGUUCAGAUUGUCACCGGAUCAUACGACCGUACCCUUCACGGCUUCACUGCGACGAUACGCGGCGGCAAGGAGGGAGACAAGGUUGACUUUGCCGACACGUUCCUCUUUGACGCCCACAACUCGGCUGUCAAAUGCCUCGCUCUCUCGCACCCAUCUGCGCCGGCCCCGGGUCAAGGUCAACGGGUCAUGCUGGCAACAGGUGGCACGGACGAGCGAAUCAACGUCUACAACAUCUCUGCGCAUCCGCCCAAGCAGAGCGCCGAACAGGACCUCAUUUCAUCGCUCGCCCCCCGGCCGGUCGCCGAGAACCCGCAGAACAGAGAGCUGGGCACGCUUCUGCACCACUCGUCUACGAUCACAAAGCUCUCCUUCCCCACGAGGUCUAAACUCCUGUCGUCUUCGGAGGAUUCGACAAUAGCUAUCACGAGGACGCGUGACUGGUCGCUACUGUCAGCCAUCAAGGUUCCUAUACCCAAGGCAUAUGGGCGGCCAAGCGGAGACACGGCGCCCAUGGGUGGCACGCCGGCUGGCGUCAACGACUUUGCAGUGCAUCCCAGUCUCAAAGUCAUGAUCAGCGUCAGCAAGGGAGAGCGAUCCAUGAGGCUGUGGAACUUGGUCACGGGAAAGAAGGCCGGCGUGCUGAAUUUUGGCAAGGACGUCCUACACGAGAUAGGCGAGGCCAAGUACAACAUGGGAGAAGGCCGCAGUGUCGUCUGGGGCACCUGCGAUGGGGAGGACGAGUUUGCGGUCGGCUUUGACCGGGAGGUUUUGGUUUACGGAAUGGAUGGAACGCCCAAGUGCCGCGUGAUGGGCAGCCUCAAGACUAAGGUUCACAAGGUACAAUACCUUCAAUGGAAUGCAAACAAAGAUAGCGAGAAGGACGGCAAGAAGGACAGCAAGAAAGGCGAUGACGUCAGUUUCCUCGCCGUGUCCACCGAAGACGGGCGGAUAUGUUUCUUCUCUACCAAGAGUGAAGAUCUAAAUCAGCCACAAGAUGGUGAGGGGAAGGAUGGUGCCAAGAAGACAGAGCACCUGCCAACUGCCAAACUUUUAGGCAGCGUAGGAGGCAAAGAUUCCGGGGUUACCAGCCGCAUCAAAGACUUUGUGGUCUUAGCGGGUACCGAAAACGUGCAACAAAAGCACAGAGUCGUCGUGGCUGGAAGCAGUGACGGCAAGGUUCACGUGUGGAAGGUGGAGCGCAAAUGCCUCGUGAGCGGUAAGGGGUCUAUUGGCAAAAAGUUGGGAAGUUAUGAGACGCAAAAUCGGAUUACAUGCCUGACGGCAUUCGAAAUGAUACCCAGACCGGAGGGCUUGGACGAUGAAGGCGAGGAGGAGGAGGAGGAGGUAGAGAGCGGGGAAGAGCUAGAUUCAGAAGACGGCGAGAAGUAA